AUGUUUGCUCAACGGGAGGAGGCAAAAAAUCACUUCCCCGAGUUCAUGCUGAAUGGUUCGGGGUGCUACGACUUCGCCGCAGGAGAUUCCUUGGGCGUGAAUUACAUGAAUAAGCUGAAAAACAAAUUAUUUAAUUUUGGCAGCAUUCAAACGAGUGAUGUGGACGAUGCAGGGGGUGACUGCCGAAACAGCGAGGGAAGCGCAUUGCAUGCAGGUGGGAUAGGAAGCACAAAUGGGAGUGACAGUGGGCGCGCAAAUAUGAGAAGACAUAGGAGUGGGGAGGCCAGCGGAGAGGUCACCGAGGAGGUCUCCGGUAUGAUGAGCGGAGAAGGCAUGGUAGAACGUAUCGCGAAAGGCGUUGCGGAGGGCAUCACGGAAAACAUCGCGCAGAGCAUCACGGAAAACAUCGCACAGAGCAUCACGGAUAACAUCGCACAGAGCGUCACGGACAACAUCGCGGAGGGCACUGGAGAAAUCCCCAGAGAAGGAGCAGCAGACCCGGCUGGCAAGCAGGACGGAGGAGAGUUAGGCAGCGGACUGGACAGCAUAAGCUACGUGAACCCCGACGUCUACUACAAGAAGGAAAAAUCAAACCAUAGCAGUGCCAUCCCUCCAGUGAAAGAGAAGAGGGAACGCACUCCCAGCGAUUACCUAAACAUCAAGAAGAGCAAGCUGAUUAACAACUUAAAUUUUUUUAUGCGCGUCUGCUGCAACAAGAACUCGUAUAUAAAAUUUAUUAAUCACUAUUUUAACAUAAUUUACUGCAACAACAUCAGCAUAUUAUUUAAGUAUGAGGGUAUAUUGCAAAAGUUCGAUGAGAGGAACGAGAUGAAUUUGACGGAGAAUGACUACUACAAUGGAUAUGUGAAGCUGAACCAGGUGCCAAUAGUGAUAUAUGGAAAUGGGGGUAGCGGGAGUGAAAAGAAUGGAGCCGAUGGGAGCAGUGGCGAUAGCGGUGUAAGCGGUGUAGGUGGUGUGAGCGGUGCAAGCGGUGUAGGCGGUGUGAGCGGCAUCGGGACAAGCGGCGUCUGUGCAAGCGGAAGCGCUUUGGGCACCCCCCUGAGCGAAAUAAAAAUAGACAUGGACACGAAUCAAGAGUGUCUGAAAAACAACUCCAACCUGGAAAGCAGCGUUCUCAAUUUUAUCAACAUUUACGAUAAUUUGACAGUCAAUUUUUUCAAUCAUAUAUUCACCAAAAUUAACAAUAAUGAAAUGAACAUAAAUAAUUCGAAUAUAGACCUUAUCAUACAUAACUUUUUGUACAAGAAGCAUUUGCUAAAGGAGAAUAUUUUUAAUCUGCUACUAAACAUUAGCAAGUCGUAUGAAAUGAAAUAUGGCAGUGUUCUUGCGGGGAUAAAAAAUGAUGAGCAUGUUAAGGAGAGAAAUGAGAAAAUAAUUUUCGAAAUGUUGAAGGACAAGGUGGAGGGGCGAAUCACCGACUCAAGAAAGAGGGGUCGAACCCCCUGGGCAUUGCACUUCCCUUCGCAUAGCGGUGGGAGUGGCGGUUUGUAUGGCGCUUCGCAUAGCGGUGAUCUGAGUGUGUACCACGGAGCGGACUACAACUCCAACUCUCAGAAUGGCACCUCGUACGGUUCCUACCAAAUGCGACCUGCCGAUAGUUAUGACCAUAUGCAAGAGGGACACACGAAAAGAGGAAUCGAUGGAGAUCCUGAGAGCAUGGUAAACUGGGGGAAGUCCGAAAUGCAUGAGUCGUCCCAUGGUGAGCUAAACGAGUUACUAAGUAAAAGCAAAGAAAGCGAAACUGCUGAUAUUUUUUGCGAAAUAAAAGAUUCAAACAUGAGCAAUAGCAACUUUAACAACAUGAUUAGUAACAACACGGAUGCGACUACGACGACGGCAGGAAGUGGAACAUCUACGUCAACGGGGUGCACCACUGGGAAUAUGUACAGUCGUGCGGCGGAGAUGGCAUUAGAGGAGAGAGUUGCUCAUGUGGAAAGCGCGAUCACGUCAGCGAGUUCGGUCUACGAAUUUGGGGAGAACUGCGCUCAGUGCGGAGGUACCAUGAGUAGCAGUAACUGCGCGAACUGCUCCAACUGUGUGAACGGCCAUCAGAGCGGAGAACCUCCCCUGCUGCAAGACAUCAAAGAAAUGCUGAACAAAGAAAUCGAAUCGUACGAAGGAUACUACUGCACCAAAGGAUUGGAGGAAGAAGAAGAAGAAGAAAAGGAAAAAAAUGAAAACAUAAUAGAAAACAUUUACACCUUUUUAAAAAAUAAUGUAUUCAUCCCAAGCAAUAAUAUAUAUACAGACUUUAUGGAAAACGGGAAUGAUAUUUUUUUGAGUAAAAUAAAAAAAAGCGAUAAAGCUACCUACUUUAAGCUGAUAGAAAGAUUCGACCGCAUGUACAACUUCAUAAAUGAAUUCAAGAGCAGCUAUUCGACGAAUGAAAUUAGUGAAGAGAGGGUGAGUCAGGAAAUCAGCGAACCAUUCCCCAAGUACAGAAAAAGAAGAUGUAGCCACGAUGAGUAUGAAUCAAGAAACGCAAGUCAUACGAAGAGAUGCUUGCGGAAUUGCAACGGUAAGAGAAACCGGCCGAUUAAAAGGAGCAAAAGGAUUAUAAAAAAGGCGGAGAUGUCUAGAGUUAAAAAAAUGAAGUAG